ACGUCGGUUACCCUCCAAGCGGGAGGAGCGCCGGCAAGAUCUAUUCGACGCCCGUCCCCGGUUCGUCGACCUUUACCGUCUCUCGCGGCGGACGGGGUCGAUCGAAAUCCACCUCGUUCUCCAUCUCCACCUCGGUGAAAAAGGGCCCAUCCAACGUCCGAAGGAACAUCUUGAUCUCGUUCUUGGUCAUUCUCGGACUCUUCCUGCUCGGGACUGUACUCGUCCUAUCCUCGAUCCAGAGGUACCUUUACAUUCAAGACUGGGCUUACUUGACCGAGCUCGAGCUGGGAGGUUACAACGAAAAGACGGCUGGAAGGAUCGAAGAGUUUCAGCAGGAAGGUCCGGCGCCCAGUGAUGAAGACGGUGCGGACAUUAGUGCGGACUGGAAGGUGGAAGCGAGUGGAGCUAUUUGGGGUGCGCAGGGUAAGGGGACGGGGAGUUAUUGGAUGCGGAACGAUUGGGAUGGACGGGUACGGGAGACGGAUUGGGAUCGAUUGGGCAAUGUCACCAACCUUCCCGGAGAAUCUGUCCCUCGUCUCAUUCAUCAGACUUGGAAAUCAGACGUCUUGCCCGAAAAGUGGAGGAAAGUCUGGAAAGCUUGUCGGGAAGGCAUGCCAGACUACGAGUACAUGCUCUGGACAGACGACACGUCCCGCAAGUUCAUCGCCGAAAAGUACCCGUCAUUUUUGGCGACUUUUGAUGGCUACGAGUAUCCCAUCCAGAGGGCGGAUGCCAUUCGUUACUUCGUUCUUCAUUACUACGGUGGUGUCUACAUGGACCUGGAUAUCGGCUGCAAGCGCCGUUUGGACCCUCUCCUCCAGGGCGACUGGGAUGUCAUCCUGCCCAGGACCAAGCCCGUCGGAGUCUCGAACGAUUUGAUGUUCUCGUCGAAACGCAGCUCAUUCAUGGAGGCCACCAUCCACGGUCUGAUCGCAUUCAACCAUAAAUACGUGACCAACUACCCGACGGUCAUGUUUUCAACAGGACCCAUGUUCUUGUCUGUACAGUAUGGCUUGUACACAUCCGCCCACCCCUUGACACCGGGUCAUCCUCGAGCCGACGUACGGAUCCUCCCAAAAUCCUUGUACGGCAAGAAUGCCAAGGCAGGCGAAGCGCCUCAUUCUUUCUUCUCGCACUUUUACGGAUCCUCCUGGCACGCCGACGACGCCGGAUUCAUCGUGUUCCUCGGUACAAGCGGGAAGAUCGUCUUUUGGAUCGGACUGGUCGUCUUCAUUGCUGGUGGACUUAGGUUCCUCUGCAGCAACAACCGGACCGCUCGAUCGGGACGACGAAGCCUGAGGAAGUUCGUCAUGGCGAGCACUGGGUACAGGUCAUACCACAUGGUAUCGAUCUUGCCCACGAGCGAGUCUCACGACGGUUCUCGAACGGCUUCGCCCUCGGUCUCGAGCGUGGAUACGGACGAGAGCGAUGGGGAUGAUACUUCGAGGAUCAUCGAAAUGGUCAAGGCCAUCCCUGCGAUGCUGUUACCCCAGCGUCAAUCGAAACGGGGUCGUGCCCACAAUGACCGCUCGAACGGCAUGUUCUUUUACGUCCCCAACAUCGCUGGAGAAUCGAGCAGCCGUCAUGCUCGAUCUGCAUCUACUGGCUCGGUCCCAGCCACGACUGGCGGACCUCGACGAUUUUCAUCGUCUGGACGAACCAACACCGUCAAUGGCGUACCCUACACCACCACCUCUACCAGUCUGCAAGACAGCGUCGUCCCCGAACAAACUGAGGACGAAUCCGAUCGAUCGCCCUCUCCUCGGCUUUCGGUCUUGAAAUCCCUCGACUGGAUGAGCUCGCCCGGAGGUAGUCCCGCCCCGCCACCAUACAAUACCCUAGACAGCAAACAAUCGGACGUGGAAUAGAGCCAAACAUACCCAAAUCGAUACCCACGCAUAACGUCGAACAUAGAACGAGUUUACUCACCCGGCCUUGAUGCCACAUAGUCUCUGCGCGGCGUGGUUCUGAUCGUCGACGAUACCUGUAUUUUGUAUGACUUUUAACGACUUUAUUUUACGAUGCUAUGGAUAUUGGCUUCGA